AACAAAAAACCAAGUUAUUCGCAUUUGACCCACUUUCUGAUUUGAACGAAAAGGCUGCUCUCUCUCUCUUCCCGAUAGAUAGUUAUAUAGCAGGCGGUAGAAACCAACACUUUCCAACCAGAUCCGAGAGAGAGAAGAGGGGAACAUGGACAUGAAAAAGAGAAUUCACCUAGAACUGAGAAAUAGGACGCCGUCGGAUGUUCAGGAGCUGGUCCUGGAUAACUGCCGGUCCAACGAGGGGAAGAUGGAGGGCGUAACGGAGGAGUUUGAGAACCUGGAACUGUUGAGUCUCAUCAACGUCGGCCUCAUCAACGUCUCAAACAUACCCAAACUGGGGAAAUUAAAAAAGUUGGAGCUGAGUGACAACCGGAUAUCUGGUGGUCUGGAGGUGCUGGCUGAGAGGCUGGUCAACCUCACACACCUCAACCUCUCUGGGAACAAGUUCAAGGACAUCAGCACACUGGAACCACUGAAAAAACUUCCCGUGUUGAAGUCCCUGGACCUGUUUAACUGCGAGGUCACCAACCUGGGAGACUACAGAGAGAGCAUCUUCAAGCUCCUCCCGCAGCUCACGUACCUGGAUGGCUACGAUAUCGAAGACUGCGAGGCCUCCGACUCGGACGGCGAGGGAGACGGGAUCGACGACGACGACGAUGAGGAGGGAGAGUCUGAGGACUUUGAUGAGGAGGAGGAGGAUGAUGAUGAUGAAGGGGUCAUUGCAGAGGAAGAUGACGACAGUGCGGAGAGUGAGGAGGAUGGGGAGGUGAACGGAGAUAUCGAUGAUGAUGAUGACGACGACGAAGAUGAUGAUGAUGAGGAUGACUCUCCAGCGAAAGGAGAGAAGAGGAAGAGGGAUCCUGAGGAUGAUGACGAUGAUGAAGAUUCAGUGUCCUCCCCACCACCCCUCAAUCUCUGAUACCUCCCCACCACCCCUCAAUCUCUGAUACCUCCCCACCACCCCCUCAAUAUCUUUGAUACCUCCCCUCUACCCCCCUCAAUAUCUCUGAUACCUCCCCUUCAAUAUCUCUGAUACCUCCCCUUCAAUAUCUCUGAUACCUCCCCUCCACCCCUCAAUAUCUCUGAUACCUCCCCUCCACCCCUUCAAUAUCUCUGAUACCUCCCCUUCAAUAUCUCUGAUACCUCCCCCUCAAUAUCUCUGAUACCUCCCCUUCAAUAUCUCUGAUACCUCCCCUCCACCCCUCAAUAUCUCUGAUACCUCCCCUCCACCCCUUCAAUAUCUCUGAUACCUCCCCUUCAAUAUCUCUGAUACCUCCCCUUCAAUAUCUCUGAUACCUCCCCUUCAAUAUCUCUGAUACCUCCCCUUCAAUAUCUCUGAUACCUCCCCUUCAAUAUCUCUGAUACCUCCCCUUCAAUAUCUCUGAUACCUCCCCUUCAAUAUCUCUGAUACCUCCCCUCUACCCCCUCAAUAUCUCUGAUACCUCCCCUCCACCCCUUCAAUAUCUCUGAUACCUCCCCUCUACCCCUUCAAUAUCUCUGAUACCUCCCCUCUACCCCCCUCAAUAUCUCUGAUACCUCCCCUCUACCCCCCUCAAUAUCUCUGAUACCUCCCCACCAACGUUCCCUCAAAUUUUUGGCCGAGUGAAAACUUGGUCGUUGUGAAAAUUCUGUUCAAUUACCAUCGUGGGUUUUGCUGUGAACGCAGAGGCUGUACCCACUAAGUCAUCGUUUCAGGCUGUGCUCAAGUUGGCUGCUGUGGCUAUUUGAUCCUAAUGUAGGACUACCAGACAGGCCUACCGUCAAAAACAAUGGAGAAAUUGAAUCCCAUGAUAUUUUAUCAUGGAAAUAGCUGUGCUGUCAUUCAGCCGAACAGUAGCAGCCAGUGUGUUGUGUUCAGUGUAGGGCUCCAUUCCAUGAGACUUGAGGGGGGAAACCAGGAAAUUACUGAAAAUGUCAUAUUUGAUACAAAGGAACUAUUUUUUAUUUUUUUUAUAUUUUUUUUACAAAAUAAAUUGUAUUAUUAUUCCCAUACCAUUACCACAGAGAAUUAAGAUAUAUUAUGCUACCCCUCUGCCUAUUGGCUGCUGAACUUAUUCAAGUCGGUCUCAAAAUACAACACUGCCCCUUUAAGACAUUUAAAAAAAUUAAAAAAAAAGUUCUUUACCAUUACUCACUAGAUGUCUAGAAAUGUACGUUUUGUGCUCUUGUAGGAAGCAAUCACUCCCCUAUUGCUGACUACAAAUGAUCUGUAGGUUCUCACUAACUAGAAAAGGAUGUGAACAUUGUGUUCACAUGUAGCUGUCUUUAAUCUCACAACAGGCCGUCUACUCAACCUCCGCUGUAAACACAGUCCAGUCCAUCUACUCACGACCGGUCAUGCUCUAAACAUAUUCCAGUCCAUCUACUCACGACCGGUCAUGCUGUAAACACAGUCCAGUCCAUCUACUCGUGACCGGUCAUGCUGUAAACAUAGUCCAGUCCAUCUACUCACGACCGGUCAUGCUGUAAACACAGUCCAGUCCAAGGUAAAUGUCACAGAGCCAUAUAUGGCAACGGUCUAUUUGCAUAUAGGUUUCGGUAUGUUUCACUGAAUGUGGCUAAUAUAGCGUUGAUUCGGUCACAAUUCCUCCCCACCCCUCGGUAUGUCACAAUUCCUCCCCCGACCCCUCGGUAUGUCACAAUUCCUCCCCCGACCCCUCGGUAUGUCACACUUCCUCCUCCGACCCCUCGGUAUGUCACACUUCCUCCUCCGACCCCUCGGUAUGUCACACUUCCUCCUCCGACCCCUCGGUAUGUCACACUUCCUCCCCCGACCCCUCGGUAUGUCACAAUUCCUCCCCCGACCCCUCGGUAUGUCACAAUUCCUCCCCCGACCCCUCGGUAUGUCACAAUUCCUCCCCCGACCCCUCGGUAUGUCACACUUCCUCCCCCGACCCCUCGGUAUGUCACAAUUCCUCCCCCGACCCCUCGGUAUGUCACACUUCCUCCCCCGACCCCUCGGUAUGUCACACUUCCUCCCCCGACCCCUCGGUAUGUCACACUUCCUCCCCCGGCCCCUCGGUAUCUCAGAUACCUCUUUGCCUUCUGUUGUCUCAGCCUUUUCCCCCAAAUCCCUCCAGCCAACCAACAAACCACCCACCUUUCCCAAACAAGGGGACCUCCCCCCCCAACAGUGCCUGUGUACCAAAUGGCACCCUAUUGGCUAUUUCGUGCACGUACUACUUUUGGUUAGGGCCCACGUAGGUCUCUUUAGUGCACUAUAUAGGGAAUAGGGGGCCAUGUAGGUCAUAACCAGAGCUUUUAAAAUAUUUUUUCUUUAUCUUUUGUUGUUGUUGCUGUCUGUCUCCUCCCUCCCUUGUGUUUUGGGUUGGACCGGAGCUAGCAGCCACACCCUAUCCCCUACGUAGUGCACUACUCUAUGGGCCCUGGUCAAAGUAGUGCACUACGUAGGGUACCACUGGGGAUGCAAGCCUCCUAGUUGUGGCUUUGUUUUUUUACUUUCUGUAAGUUAAGACAAAAUGUACAAAAAUUUACUUUGUAAAUAAAAUCUUAACAUUUUGCUCCUU